CGACUGAACUCACUCUUCAGAAUUUCCUUAAGAAUUUCUGCAAAUCUCCCAAAACCGAAUAGCAGAAAACCUUAUUGUAAAAACACAUUGUUGUAAUUUGUUUGCAAAGGCACAAAGCGCGAUGCUGUGGAGUGCCAAAAGUAUCAAUAUAAUAUUAUCCUCUCCCGCCUAACAAUACUAAACGGCUGAACCCCAACAAAGGGCAAAAACCAUUAUAUUUGCUUUUUUUAUUUUUAUUUUUAUAUAUUUCCUUAUAGAGCAAUAAUUCAAGAAUUUCUACUCUUACUUGUCAGUAACCUCUGUUAAUGGCUUCUCUAUCUUUCACUCAUUUCCUCUCCUUACCCAGGGGGCAUUCUACUUGCCCAAAUUACCAGACAGUGAACUUUGUUCAACUUCAAGCUUUUAGAUUGCAAAAUAAAUGGGGUCUUGCAGCUAUCUCUAGGAAGAAAAUUUCUGAGACAUUACCUGGAGAGGAGGAACCUAAUGAAAAUGGUGUUGUCUUAAAAAAGACGACUACUAGGAAAACUAAACGAGCUACAUCUCGAACUAGGAAGAAAGCAUCUGAUAAACCGGAGGAUAAUUCUGAAUUGGUAAUGAAUUUUGAUGCUGAGAAUGGAGAAAAUUCUGUGUCCCCAGUGAGCGAAGAUUCUAAGCAAACCCCAAGAAGGACUCGACGAAAAGCUACCUCAGCUAUUGGUACGGUGGAGGAAGAGAAAACUGAGAAGAAAGUUAGGAAGAGGAGGAAGACUAAGAAGAUGGAUGAAGAUGUGGAGUAUCAAGGUAGUGAAUCUGAAGUUAGUGAUAGUGAGGAGUCUGCAUUUCUUCCACCUGUAGAGAAUGAGAGUGAUGGAGAGCAAGAACUGGAAAAAGAUGAUGGAGAGGAUGUUAGCUGUACAUAUGGUUGGCCUCCUCUUGUUUGCUGCUUUGGAGCUGCACAACAUGCUUUUGUGCCAUCUGGAAGGCCAGCUAACAGACUUUUAAAUUAUGAAAUCCAUGAAAGAAUGAAGGAUGCAUAUUGGGCACCGGAAAAAUUUGUAAGGGCACCUGGAGGAUCUGCAGGGAGUGUUGCAAUCGCUCUUGCAAACUUAGGUGGUAAGGUUGCUUUCAUGGGAAAACUAGGAGAUGAUGAGUAUGGUCAGUCUAUGCUAUACUAUAUGAAUGUUAACAAUGUACAAACACGAUCAGUUCAGACUGAUAGUAAAAGGGCCACAGCAGCAUCACACAUGAAGAUUGCUAAGAGAGGUCGCUUGAGAACAACUUGUGCUAGACCCUGUGCUGAGGAUUCUCUAUCUAAAUCUGAAAUAAAUAUUGAUGUGCUGAAGGAGGCAAAAAUGCUCUACUUCAACACACAUUCUCUAAUUGAUCGAAAUAUGCGAUCAGCUACAAUGCGGGCAAUCAGGAUAUCGAAGAAAUUGGGAGGGGUUAUUUUCUAUGAUGUAAACUUGCCAUUGCCGCUCUGGCAUUCCAGUGAAGAAACCAAAUUGUUCAUCCAAGAAGUUUGGAAUCAUGCAAACAUUAUUGAGGUAACCAAGCAAGAGCUUGAGUUUCUAUGUGGGAUCGAGCCCACUGAAGAAUUCGACACCAAAGAUAAUGCAAGUUCUAAGUUUGUCCAUUAUGGACCAGAAGUGGUUGCACCACUUUGGCAUGAAAAUCUUAAGGUUUUGUUUGUGACAAAUGGGACUUCUAAGAUACACUACUACACUGAGGAAUUUAACGGAUCUGUACAUGGAAUGGAGGAUCCAGCCAUCACUCCUUUCACAUGUGAUAUGUCAGCUUCUGGGGAUGGCAUUGUUGCAGCUAUCAUGAGAAUGUUAUCGGUUCAGCCGCACCUCAUUGCUGAUAAAGGAUACUUGGAGAAAACAAUCAAGUAUGCAAUUGACUGUGGAGUAAUAGAUCAAUGGCUGCUUGGACGGAUGCGUGGCUUUCCUCCAAAAGAAGACAUGGAAGAUGAAGUGGAACCUGAUCCAAAUGGCAUCAGGUCAAUAACAGAGAAGGAAUACCGCACACUGGAAUACCAUACAUGGAGCCAGUAACGUGAGUUUAAUUUUUUGAUCAGGCUGAUUUACAUAGAUUUGUAUGUUAGAUGCCUCUGAAAGGCCAGGUAUUUUCUUUCCCCUAUAAAGUAAAAUUGUGUAGGCUUCGAGUUUUACUAGAUGUAACAUCAAUUUUGUAUUGUAUCGGCAUCUAAUAGUCACAAAAAGUCAUGAAUUCCUUUGCAAA